AUGAGGCAAUCUCCAAACAUUAUCAUAACAGGGACUCCCGGCGUGGGGAAGACUACCCAUUGCGACAACCUGGCGGAGAAGUUGGGGCUGCGACAUAUCUCUGUGAAUCAGGUCGUGAAGGAUAAAGAAUGCCAUGAGGGCUGGGAUGAGGAAUAUCAGAGCUGGAUUGUUGACGAAGACAAGCUGCUGGAUGCGAUCGAGGAUGAGGUGAAGCAAGGCGGCUGCUUGAUAGACUGGCACGCCUGUGAUUUAUUUCCCAGGAGCUGGAUCGAUCUGGUUGUUGUGCUUCGGGUGGAUUCUACUACACUCUAUGAUCGCCUUAAGGCAAGGAAUUACCCCGAGGUCAAACUCCAGGAGAACCUAGACUCGGAGAUCAUGGAAGUCCUUCUGCAGGAGGCGAGGGAUUCAUACGACCAAGAGAUUGUGAUUGAGCUGACUAGCAACACGUCUGAUGAGAUGGAGACCAACGUAGACCGAAUUGAGGCCUGGGUCAAGCAGUGGAUAUCUGAUAAUAAUUGA